AUGAGCGUUUUAAUGAGCAACAAUAAUCAUUUCAAGAACCAUCCAGAUUUGAGCAACAUUUUCCACGUAAGAUCUCGCAGUGAUCCUGCAACGAGCUUAACUUCUCCCUCACAACCCCGAUGCAUCAAACAGGCCAAGCAUGAGCCGAACUCAUCGAAACAUGUGAAAUCUACAUCAAGUUGUCCAGCCUCAGUUGCCAACUUUAGCAUCCCGAGCUGCGCCAUCGAUCAGAGAGCUCUUCCAAAAAAGGAGAAACGCCGCUUCUCAGAAGUGCACCACACUGAAUCUCCGUUGUCUUCAAAGAGAAGACUGGAACCGAGCGAGGUGAACCAAAGCAGAAAGAGAGUCUCACUACCACCAGCCACCCCACUGUUUAAAUCCAAAGUUGAGAACGAGUCAGUAUCUUCAGUUCCAGCGGUGGCCAGGAUCUUGGCGAAUCUAAAGCCGACUCCAGCCUCAUCGCACUCGAUACGAAACUCCUCAUUGUUAUACCCAGACACGGCUUACUCUUAUAUUAAUUACACUACAUCCUCAUGUCAUAACUUCGAAGUUAUCCAGAACACCAGCAACAACGAAUGGCGGGCCAACAUGGUGUCCAACUUGAAAUCUGGGAACCUGCAGGGGUUCAAAAGAUACAAAGAUUACUGUUUGGAAAACUAUAAAGUCACCGACGACAAAGCCGGUGCAAACUUGAGGACUGACUACGAGAAGUCAAGGAACAUUCCUAGGACACGUAAUAAAAUGGUACGAUUUAUUGAGGCUCAAUUGCGGGACAAAGAAAGUGCCUCUGAAGCCGGAAUUUACAACACAGCCAAUAUCAUAAACUAUCCUUUUGUCAGCAACUACACCUACCAGAAAGAUGGCUAUCUCGAUGAUGUGAGCAUGCUGUGCAACAACGUUGAACUAUACAAGAAUCUUGAUACUUCUCAUGACGACAAAAAGUCUGAGGUGCAGCACGAAAAGCACCCAGAUGGAGGGCGAUUGCAACUUUAUCAGACUAUUGACACUCCAGUAAACCAACCGUUGUCCAUCCCAGCCUCCCACAUGGUUACCCCACCUUUAUCGUCUAAGAGUUCUGCUCUGACCACUUCAGAGGACGCCAAAUCAACCCAACCUAAGAUGAGCACAUUCAAGUAUGUUUCACCCAACUCUUCGCCUAUGAAAAGCAAUUCUUGCUCUGACCAAAUCACUGUGUUCAGGGCUGCAAAGUCACCACAAUCACCAAAGAAGUCACCGAAAUCCCCCAGCACUAGAUUGGCGACCAUAUCUCACCCAAACCGGGUAUGCAUUUCCUGUCAUUCAAAUCACUCUCCUUGCUGGAGACCCAGCUGGUCUGCCCUGGAAGGUCAGCUGUGCAACUCUUGUGGACUGAGAUAUAAGAAGACUGGUGCUAGAUGCACCAACAGGAGCUGUUUGCGCAUACCCGCCAAGGGAGAAUGGACACUGAUGAAGAACAAGGGAAAACUCGCAAUUCCAGUUUACGGAAAUAACGAGCACGGAGAAUUUACGCUGCUUGGCGAGGAGCUUAAGUAUAAGUGUCUUCACUGUGAAGGAACUGUAGAAGUUGGGGAGAGCGAGAGGUAG